GAGCAAUAUAAACCCCCCCAGACUGUAUUGUCACAGUCUUCUCCUGCCUGUCUGCCUGCCUGGAACAGACCACCGCAUCCCACCCACACUCUGCAUCUGUACAGGACUCACUAUCACAACAGAGGGAAGAAUGAGAGAAAUUGUUCACAUUCAGGCUGGCCAAUGUGGCAAUCAGAUUGGAGCUAAGUUCUGGGAGGUGAUCAGCGAUGAACAUGGAAUCGACCCCACUGGAAACUACGUUGGAGACUCUGAUCUUCAGCUGGAGAGAAUCAGUGUCUAUUACAAUGAGGCCUCAUCUCACAAAUAUGUACCCAGAGCCAUCCUGGUUGAUCUGGAGCCUGGAACCAUGGACAGUGUCCGCUCAGGGGCCUUCGGUCAUCUCUUCAGACCAGACAACUUCAUCUUCGGUCAAAGUGGAGCAGGAAACAAUUGGGCCAAGGGCCACUACACAGAAGGCGCUGAGCUGGUGGACUCAGUCUUGGAUGUGGUGAGGAAGGAGUGUGAGAACUGUGACUGUCUACAAGGCUUCCAGCUCACCCACUCUCUGGGAGGGGGCACUGGCUCUGGGAUGGGCACCCUCCUGAUCAGCAAAGUGCGGGAGGAGUACCCUGACCGCAUCAUGAACACUUUCAGUGUAGUGCCUUCCCCCAAGGUGUCAGACACAGUGGUGGAGCCAUACAACGCCACCCUGUCCAUCCACCAGCUCGUAGAGAACACAGACGAGACCUACUGCAUUGACAAUGAAGCCCUCUACGACAUCUGCUUUAGGACCCUGAAGCUAGCCACCCCCACGUACGGAGACUUAAACCACCUGGUGUCUGCCACCAUGAGUGGUGUGACCACUUCCCUGAGGUUCCCCGGACAGUUGAACGCUGAUCUCCGCAAGCUGGCAGUCAACAUGGUACCCUUCCCUCGUCUGCAUUUCUUCAUGCCCGGCUUUGCUCCUCUGACCGCCCGUGGAAGCCAGCAGUACCGUGCCCUCACUGUGCCAGAGCUCACCCAGCAGAUGUUUGAUGCCAAGAACAUGAUGGCAGCCUGCGACCCACGCCACGGCCGUUACUUGACGGUAGCUACUGUCUUCCGUGGCCGCAUGUCCAUGAAGGAGGUGGAUGAGCAGAUGCUGGCUAUCCAGAACAAGAACAGCAGCUACUUUGUGGAAUGGAUCCCCAACAAUGUCAAGGUGGCCGUCUGCGACAUCCCACCAAGAGGGCUCAAGAUGUCUUCCACUUUUAUCGGCAACAGCACGGCCAUCCAGGAGCUGUUCAAGCGUAUCUCAGAGCAGUUCACAGCUAUGUUCAGGCGCAAGGCUUUCCUGCAUUGGUACACCGGAGAGGGCAUGGAUGAGAUGGAGUUCACUGAGGCCGAGAGCAACAUGAACGACCUGGUUUCUGAGUACCAGCAGUACCAGGAUGCCACCGCCGAAGAGGAAGGCGAAAUGUAUGAAGAUGAUGAUGAAGAGUCCGAAGCCCAAAAAUGAACAUUUUAAAUACAAAACAAAAACGGUCAAGAAUUAAAAACCUCCCAUCAUCUCCAUGAAAACCCAGACUUCCCUCCUCCCCCUUCUGUGUUCAUACCCUGCUGUUACUCUCUCUCUUUCUCUGCUAGCGUCAGUUCUAGAUCACUGUCUGUAUCCUUCUGUAUCCUUGCUUCUUAUUGUUUAUAACUUGCAAAAACAAAACAAAAAAAAUAACACACCUUAGUAUUUAUUACUAAUGAAAAAUACGAAACAUCACUCAAACAUAAUGAUACCAAGUUUUAGCAACUCUCAAUUCCUUUAUUUUGAUAACAUGAAGCCCUGAUGUUUUAUUUUUUACUAGUUUUGCCAUUUUUGGGGGGGAAUAUUUAAUAAAUGUAUUGCUGUUAAAAGAG